UGCUUCGCCGGUGUUGAUCGUCACUUUUUUUCCAUUUGAAGCCAGCCAGUUGCUCGCGCAGCCACUCGGGCCGUCUGCUGAGACAUCCGUGCCUGCUUGUGCGUUGUGCUCACACACCAAAUACGCAUUUCAGUUGCGCGCAGACUCGACCAUUUUGGACCCAACUCUAUCCGAGAUAUACGCUUGCUUUUGUACCGCGCUGCGGCACCGGGGAAGGUAGUCGAGCGAGAAAAGCGCUCGCGGCGCAUCCGCUGUCGCGCAAAUGGUCCAGGAACGGGCAGUCGAGCGAAGAGAAUCGCGAUAGCUGGUCGACUUAGCGAGGACACGUGACUGACCGGUGCGCGCAUCGUGUCUGAACUAGACGAACGCGAGCAUCCAAUGCCCAGUCGCGGACGUGCGAGCCACAGUGGUCAAUCUCGCGUGAGAAGUGCACACAAAUAAGAGCUGGUGAUCGAGGUCUGACGUUCGCAGCAGCGGCGGCGGCGGUGGCGGUGGCGGCGGCGGUGGUGGCGGCGACAGAUGAGACUGCUGUCUGAGCUCGAGUGGCGCCGCUAGACUAUUUAAAUGGUGCAUCAGCAUCGCCCCAGCCUUACCCGUAGUGAAACGUUAGGUACACAUCGAAAGUGCCCGCGAAAGUCCAGACGGCCCUAGAACUUUGCGCAGCAAAGGCCACGAGUGAUUUGUCGCUAAGAGCCGAUCCGACACACUUCGCACCGAGCGCAGCACGCCGUCUAAAGAGGUGCGUCGAGCGACGGGUUGGGCUGACACGAACAGUGCACGGACGCGCAGACAGCGAGGCAGCCGCAGGCGAGAGUUCGGCAGCGAGUAUCCUCGGCAUCGGAAGUGAGCGGGAAGCUCGAGGGAAGCCCGUGCGCUCGAUGGCCCAGGCUAGCACGAGCGCACCUCGGCUAAGAGCUGCACGCGGCGGUGGACAGCAGCAGCAGCGUCAGCGUCAGCAGCAACGAGCCAGCGCGAGCGAGCAGUGAUGGGGCUGCGGGGCGAUGAGGCCUUGGUCCCCGCUGUGCUGGCGUCAGGCUUCAGCGCGCUCACCUGCAGGCGGACCGGCGGCGAUCGGCCUCGAGGCUACGGCUGCGACGGCGGCGCGGCGCGUGGCAAGAGGUGACUCUCGGCCGACAUGAGCCGCCCGGCCGCUGCCGCCGGCCGCCAGCUCGGCGCCGCCGUCAGCAGCAGUAGCAGCACCACCACCACCGCCACCGCCACCGCCACCACCACCAACAGCAACGGCCGAGCUUUCGGCGGUGGCGUCUGCUGGCACAGGUACAGAUACUGGCACAGGUGGCUGAUCCCGCUGCUGCUACUGCUGCUGCUGCUGCUCGCGGGCCUCGUCGGUCUCGCCGGCGCCUCCAGACAAUCGUGCCCCGGCUGCCCGCACGCGGCCCGCCAGGCCCUCAGGCCCGACCCCGACGAGAUUCGCCUCGAGGCGAUCAAGCACCAGAUACUCAGCAAACUCGGCCUCAAGGCAAGGCCCGACGUCAACCGCACGCUCGCCUCGGUGCCCAAGCGCCUCGCCCUCGAAACGAUUUACCGCGCCGAGGCGCAGCCCGCGCUCCAGCCUCAGCAGGUCCGCGCGCACAGUUACCACGAGCGCCAGCGGUAUCACAACGCCGUCAAGGAUUACGAGAGGAACCGCUUGGGCGCCGGCGACGAGUACGGGUUCGGCGGUGGCGGCGGCGUCGACGACUACUCUUAUCGGAAUAACCAGCGAACUAGCGACGACGGCAAUACCCAGGACGGACAGAAUCGUGUGCCACCUUAUCAGGAGUACGACGACCUCUACGGGGCACCACCGCCCGAACCCGAGGUCAUGGAUGACUUCUACGCCAGGACUUCCGAAAUCAUCACGUUCGCCGAACCUG